AUGCAAGCUUACUCCAUCAAUGACAUGAGACCAGUAUUCAGCAUGGAGGCCCAAGCUGUGGCAUCACUCACAGGAGUGCUCAAGUGCACCAGAAGGUUGACCAGAGCAGUGCCCCAGCCAGAAGAGAUGCUGGAAAUUAUCUACAAGUGGGUAGACAAGUGGGAUGCUGAUGCUACCAUCUACUUGUGGUGGAAAUAUGUGGACAACCAUGAGAUUGCCAUGCCUGAUCUUGAUGGCCACUGCCUCCAGGAGUUGACUGAGCAGUCAGCAUUCAAAAACAACCUCUUCAUUGUGGGGGCAAUUGUGAUCACAGAUCUUUGGCAACCAGAAGGUCAAAGGCAGUUUCUUGUUGAAGAUGUUUUCAAGGACUACCAGGAAAGGGUCAAAGAGUGGGUGCACCUCGAGGCUGAGAGGCUGGCCAUCAACAAAGUCGACAAGCUUGAGAGAAACCAGGGGGACAAUCCACCUAAUCCUGGUCCCUCAAGGGGUGUCCUGGAGAAUUGUGCAAAUGAUGCAGGAAGGCAAAACAAAAGUGUAGCUGGGCUCAGAGUGGGAAGGAAGUGGAAGAACUCUGGCAAUGGAGGGAUGAUGGCUGGCCCAUUGCACAAACAGACCAAGUCCAUAACAGUGACCACAACCAAUGUGCCUCCUCCAGCAACAGCAUCUCCAGCCAUGACUGCACCUCCAGUACCAACAGGCUUGAAGCUGCAAAUUCUGGCACACAGACCCCCUCCUACAUGUAAUUCCAAGCCAUCUCCUGACCCUUCAACACCUCUGCCAGAUGACCCAACUCCCUCUCAUGACCUUCCACCAUUGCCCAUGCCAUGUCCACCACUCUUCUUCCCAUCAGCAACUCCCACACCUUGA